CAUCUGUGUUUUCCGGUAUUUGCAGCCUCCAUCCCUGGUAGCCGGCGCCUUGUCAAAAGCGAAGCAAACUUGCCGCGUUUUAUAGCCAAUAACUGCGAAACUGCCAAAACAGUGAGAACUGCGAGAGUUGCGAAACCAAGUAAAAUGGAUGGUGUGACCGAGGACAUGUGGACGCCGUACAAGCAUCUGUAUAGCGUUUUCCAGGCGACUGUGUCCAAUCCCUGUGCCGUCACCUCGGACCUGGAGCUGUGCCUCAAGAAGUACAAGCACAGCUUCACCAACUUCCUGCGCAAUCCGGCGAAGAGCGAGAAGAGCCGCAACUACCUGCGGAAUGCCCUGAACGAGGGCGUCCCGCUGCCGGGACAAUCGCGAAAGAUAAAGCUCUCACAGGAUCUGGUGGACGAGGCGCUCAUACUGUCCGACAUGUUCGACCUGGACGAGGUGUUCGCCGUGGAGCUGCUAUGCACCGCACAGCGGCAGCAGAUGCAUCAUCCCGGCCUGCCACGAGGCCUUGUGGCGGUGCUGCUCUACUACGAUGGACGGAAGGCGAUCAGCUGCGCCCUGCGCGACAUGUUCCUGAUGGUUAGCGGCGUCUCCUGGAGCACCGAGCUGCCCAGGGAGGUCACCUGUCUGGUCACAAACUAUGCCCAGAGCCUCGUCGAUGACUCGAACAUACUGGGACGCCUGCUGGAGCUGCUCGAGGAGAUGGACGUCGACAAGGAGUGCAUUAUGCUGACCAAAAACCGCGCGUUUGGCUCCAAGAAGCACCAGAACCAGGUGAUCGGCCUGUACGAGGACAUUCAACAGGCACUGGCCAUGGCCCUGUUCCACUGGUCAGCCCAGCGCGGCCUGCCGCGACCCAUUGCCAUCCGGCUGCUGCAGCACCUGGCCAACCGGAAAACCAACGACGCGGACGGCAACAUCGACGACGUGACCCUAAUCAUGCUGAUGGCUCUGCUGUAUGCGUACGAUACCUCCGUGCUGCUGAUCACCGAGCACACCAAUCCGCACACAGCCCGCCUGCCGAUCCUCAGCGAUCCGGAGUUCGCCAAGUGCUUCCUGGAGGCGCUGUACGCGCAAAGCAGCUGGGAAACACCACGCUUGGACGCCAUCAUAACGUACAGCUUCGGACUCACGCUGGCCAGUCUGCGGCAUGCACCUGGGCAGCUACAGGCCGCCGCCCUCUCGACCAUCAACCGCGAUGAGAUCCUCAUCGACGAGGCACUGGGAGCGCAGGUAUUCGUAUUCUUCUACCGGCUGCUCCUCGAGAAGGAUCUGGUCUAUAAAACGGAGUUCAUCUACCGCCGAGUCCAUCUGCUCAUCACGGACUUCAUCGACUUCAUGAACGCCAAGGUGUCGGAGCUACGCGGCCGAGCGGACGAGUCGGCACGCACGAUCAUCAGCUUCCUGAACGAGGGUCUGGAGCCGCCGCCCAACCUGGACUCCAACUUUGAGCUGCUCAUGCUGUGCGUGGCCAAGCUGUACGGCGAUCCGCGGGUCACCAUCAGGCUGUGCAACGAGUACUGGGGCCCCAGCGAUCCCACCGGCUCCACGGCGUUCAAGAACACCUCGCGCUCGGUGUCCCUGUUCAAGUUCAUCAGCCUGGCCAGCGAGCUGCUGCCACAGACGCUGUUUAAAUCCUACCUCAAGAUGAUUUCUGGACUCACACGCACCGAGUUCUCGGCACGCUGCGCCUUCAACAUGCUUAAGCUGCCCCAGGCGACCUCCGGCAGCUAUGCUGUCUGCUGGGAUCACUUUUUCACGUCACUGGGCAACUACUACAACUCGAUGCGGAACGACUUCAACACCAACAUCAGUACGGGCGGCGAGACCAUUUACCGCAGCCGAUCGACGCCAAGGGUCAUCACGCAGCGGGAGGCGGAGCACCUGGUGGCCGUGAUGGGCAUUAUACAGGCCGUUGCCGAGCACGACGAGAUCUCGCGCAUCAUGAUCUGUGAGCAGGCCAACUGGCAGACGCCGCAGGUGCUCCUGGGCCUGGUGGCGUGCGCCACGCCGCUGCCGCUCAAGGCUGAGAUUCUGCACACGCUGGCUGCCCUGGCCAAAUCCAAGGAGACGGCGCGCGUCAUCUGGUUCCACCUGGAGGACUCGCAGAUAAUACCCACCUUGCCCGUGGCCAGCAGCUAUGGCCAGUGCAGCUUGUCGGAGGAGAUCGAACAAAUCGAGAGCCGUUCGGAGCAGUAUAACCUGACGCGAGGCGUCCUGCAGCUGCUCUACACACUGAUGACCACCAACAUGCCGAAGAGUUUGGGCGUGGGGCCACGGAAGCCCGGCUACGAUGGCUACCUCAAGAUCGUGAUGAAUUCGGUGCUGCUCAAGUUUUACAAUCGAGCGUACAAGGAUCCCGCCGAGAAGUGGCAGGUUGGCGCCCAGUGCCUGAAGCUGCUCUACUAUCUGCUGGCCACCUACCGGCCGAACGCAAUGGAAUUCCUUGAGACGCGCGACGAGCAUCCCUACCCUGGUUUCCACAUCAUGAUGCAGCUGCAGGUGAAGUCCGAUAUGCUGCAUCUGCUGCUGCGCAUCGUGGAGGAGGUGCGUGAGCGGCUGGACGACUACAACCGCUUUCACGGCAAGGAGCUACUCGAGGAGUGCUCCCUGUACGCACUGCUGCUCCUCGAAGCCGCGCUGGCGAAGCAGAACGCCUUCUUCGAGGCCCACUCGGCGGCCAACUGCCCCAUCAUGCUGUCCGGCCUAAAUCGCAUGCUCCUGGACCUGAAUCCACGCACCCGCAAGCCGGAUCACGUGCUGAACAUCGUCAAGUUCGUGACCUACAACAGCUGGCUGCCGCGCCACGCGCUGGCAGCCGUCAAGAUCCUGAGUGCGGUCACCCAGCUGCCGAAUGUCUCUAACCAGAUCCUCAGCAUGUACGCCCAGGGCAGCAAUGAGAAGCUCGAGAUCCGGCAGGGCUUCGUCGAGUGCCUGGAAAUGGAGGUGGGCAUGGCCCAGCGCAGAGACGAGCUGUUGGACAAGCUGGCCCUCAACAAUCACGUUCCGUAUUUGGGCUUCAGCGAUGACAUGGCCAAGGAGCGGGAGCGGAACGGGGAUCGCGACGAUCAGACUUUGGAAUUGCAACUGGAGCUGGAGGCGGAGGAGGCCGCUCUGGAGAGCAAGCCGGCCAGCAUCGAGCUGCAACUGAAGGAUGCCAUUGUCCAGCUGUUCGAGAUAAAUCUCAGCCAGCAGAUGCCGAACUUUGUGUACUUCCUGCUCGGCGUGGACGUGCUACGCGACUUUAUGGCCAACGGGCGGCAGCACCUGGGCAUCGAGAUGCACUGCUCGUGCGUGAACUCCAUAGUGCUGUUGCUGGAAAAGUACCUGGAUCAACAGCGGCACAGCGAGAAGUACUGCGAGCACACGGCUAGCAUCGUGGAGCGCAUUUACCAUCUGUUUCACGGACUAUGCGCCAAUCGUCGCACCACGGAGACGAUACUGCGCUACUUUCGACUGACAUGCAACGACUUCCUGCUGCGACACCUCCACUCGCUGCCCUUCCGGCAGCAUCGCGAGGAUCACGUGCUGCACGCCAUGAGCCACCUGCUCAACUGCGUUUCCAUCGACGUCAAACUGGCGGCCACACAUGGACAGACGACGCGCUACAACCAGCUGUGCGACAUUCUGCUAAUGGGAAACGGAACGGAGGCACAGCGCUCAUUCCACGGUCUGCCAAUGGAGAUGGGCCAGAACCUGAUAAACCAGUCGGCGCCGUUCCUCACCAUGGAUCUGCUGCCGGGCGGAGGAUCGAUAAAUGCCGUCGGCUCCGGGGCGAGCUCGACACCUGUCGGAGCACCAAGUACUGGGGCCAAAGCCCUGAAGCCACCGCUGCUGCAGGAGACAUCGCAGGGGCUGCACGCCACCCGGCUGCUAGAUUGCCUCGUCCUGGAGUUGGACACGCUGAGCCAGCCGCAGCUGGAGUUCUUCGACACGCAUCUCACCACCCAACUGCUGCGCGACUGCGAGGCAUCCGCAGAAGCUGGCGCCAGUUCCAGCGCCAACUUGAUCAACGUGCGCAAACUGUACGACAUUCUUAACGGCGAACUGCGAAUGGUGCAGAGCACCAUUGCCAGCGGCCAGCGGAAGGCCAUCUCCAAGGAAAUCAUGAUACUGCUCAAGCACGCCGUCAACAUGAACCGGGUGCGGGCACAGCGCUGCGCCACGCUGGCCUUCAUGGGAGCAUGGGGUCAACUGGUGCAGGUGCUCUUCAGCAGCAUGCCCGAGGCCGUGCUGCCGGUGGCGCUGCGCCGCCAACACAUUAUUGACAUCGUCGAGAAGGUGCUCAUCAAGGUGCAGCCCAUUCAGCCCAUCAUCGAGAUCUCCAUCCAGGUGAGCGAGACGGUGCUGCUGCUCCUGGCCAAUCUGCGCUACUGCUGCUACCAGGUAGAGGAUCAGAGCUUCGAGGAUCAGGCCGCCGACGAGUCGCUCACCAAUGGCAACGGCAUCGAUUCCCAGGCCGCCAAACUGAGUCUGGCCCAGAGGACCAUCGGCAAUGGUUCGGAUGGAGGAUGCGGAGCCGGGCGGGAAAUCGGUGCCGGUGGCAACAGCAGCAAUCUGCGAUUCAUCCUCAAGAACCUCGUCGAGUGGAUCAUGAUCAGCGAGGUCAAGUCGCAGAAGCUGCGCAUCAAUCUGUACAGUGCCCUGCUGAAUUGCCUGCGGAUUGCGAAUCGACUGCGCACCGACGAACAGCUGGAGUAUCAGGAGACGCUCAUUUCGCGCCAGGAGAGUGCCCGCAUAAGCAGCAUGGAGCUGCGGCGCGACGACCGCCAGCGGCUGAAGGCCAUGGCGGCGGAAGUGAUUGGCACCUUCGGCGAGAAGCUGAUCGACACCAUCUGCCACGACGCGGUGACCGGGCACGAUGUGUGCCGCAUGCUGGCGCUGGCCUGCCUGGACAUGAUUUCCGAGCUGCACGCGGUGAGCACGCUGUGCGACUUUGUGGCGUCGCGGGGCUACCUCAAGCACAUACUGGACAGCCUGGGCAAGUCCAGUGAGGCGCUGUCCGGGAUUCUGCAGCCCGUGCCGGACCACCUGAGGCCGCUCUACGUGUACGAGUCGCGCAUGGCCUUCCUCACGCGCAUGGCAAAGAGCAAUGUGGGCGCCCGACUCCUCCUCGCCGAACGGGCGCUGGGCGUGCUCUCGAAUAUGCGGGUCUACGACCUGCAGCCCGACCUGAAGGCCAGCGAGCUAAAGCGGAACGAGCCGCAGGCCUUCCUGCCGGCCAUCGAUGAGCGCUUCCGGGCGAUCCUCCUGCCGGCACUGGCCCUCUGCGAUGCCAUUGUGAACACGCUGGGAUCGUGCAACAACUCUGCCGCCCUGCAGGUGCUCAACUUCCUGUUCGCCCACAUCGACAUGGUGGAGGCCAUGUUGCGCACAGCCACGCCAUUCAUGGACCUGGGCCACCUGCAGCAGCUGGCGGUCAUCAGCAAUCUGUUUGCCCGCACCACCACGCACGAGGUGACCGCGCUGGAGAACAGCCUCGACUUGGAGAACGAUCUAGAGCUGCGCAAUCGUCUAGGCCGCCUGCAGCAGCUGAUGAUCGUCGUGUUUGGGCGCUUCUGCGUAAGCGAGGCCACCAUUCGGUGCAUGCUGCAGCAGGACCAGGAGCAGACCGACCAGACUGAGGGCUCAAAGACGCUACGCGUCAAGUAUUUCCUGGACAUAGCCGCCAACGUGUCGCUCUACUGCCGCAAUGUGGUCACCAGCCAUGCGAAGGACAGCAUUACUUCCAAGUAUUUGCUGACCACCAUGAUCAACGAUGUGACGCCCCUCACUGGCAAAAUGGACAGCAAGAAGCUGACGGCCAUCAUGCACACCAUCCUCAACCAGCUGAAGGGCUCCAUCGGCUACUACCUCUCGCAGAAGUCGAUCGCCGACAAUCUCCUCCAGCAACGCGCCUCCCUGCCCAACAUCAGCUUUGGCCCCAACGGCAAACAAAGCUAUAUGGACUUGAGCCAGCGGCACAACGAGAAGCGCAGCGAACUGAUGCAGGCCGUCUUCAUCGCCGAGCAGAACCUGUAUCUGCUGUGGAUCCAUCUGGACUUCUAUCUGCGCAACGCCAUCGUCUACGCCAACGAAAAUAGGAACGCCAUCAAUGAGAGCAACCUGGACAACGGCAACAACGUGUCCGUGCUGAACGCCUCCCAGGACGAGAUCCUGCAGCUCAAGCAGCUGCUCAUCUCCACCUUCAACGAGACCUUCUGCACGCAGCUAAUCACGGCCAGCGAGGACUACACGGUCAAGUGCAAGGGCUUUAACGGCUCGCUGCUCCGCCGCAUCAAGGCGCUCGUCCAGUUCGCCCCCAUCACUGCCAAUGGCGACAAUUCCACCUUCGCCUCCUAGGCGCCGACCAUCCGAUAUGUUUAGUCUUACGUUUCAAUAAAAGCGGUUGAUUUUCUUAAGCAAA